CUUGUUUCCUCCUUUACAAAUUCAUCCUUAUCAUGCUCACAUUUGUCAGUUAUGGCCACGACCUAGGCUGAGAAGGGCUUUCUAUUGUUGAAAGAAUAUUGUUUUUUGACCUACAAACUGAAAUAAGCUAGAGACAGCCAGACUGAAUUCCACAGAGAUGGUAAACCGAGGCUGCCUGAAGAUGUUCAUCAUGCUCAUGAUGGCUCAGCUCAUCCCCUUCAAGGAGGCGCUGGAAUGUAUGGUGGGAGAGUAUGAGGUGGAUGGGCAGUGCUGCCCCACCUGCCAGGCAGGUUAUAGGGUAAAUGAGACGUGCACUGUAAUGACAGGCACCACAUGUGUAGCUUGUGAUCCCGGGACCUACACAGAACACCAGAGUGGCCUGAAGGAGUGUCUCCAGUGUAAAGUCUGUGACCCUGAAUUUGGCUUGGUGACAAGAAGGGAAUGCUCAUCUACAUCCAACACUGUGUGUGGCUGCUUUCCAGGCCAUUUCUGUGUCAUCAUGAAAGAUGACUGUGAGCUGUGUGAGCCUCACCAAGUCUGCACCGCUGGCCAAUACAUGAAGUCUAGAGGCACAGAAAUGAAUAACACCAUCUGUGAGAAGUGCCGGGCAGGCACAUUUUCCCCCAAUGGGACCCUUGGCCAGUGUCUGCUGUGGACCAAUUGUACUGCCCAGGGUUUAUCUGAAGAAGAGCCAGGCACGGACACCAAGGAUGCAUUGUGCUCUCCAUAUAGCAACUCCCAACUCACAUUUAUCAUCAUUCCAUUAGUUGCCAUCAUUGUCAUCGCUGUCAUCAUUUUGGUGGUGAAGUUAGUUAGAAUGGAAAAGAGCCAAGCAGCUUAUGACAUAAGAAGAAGGGGUGAAGCAUCACACACCGAAAAGAUCUCUAAUCCUCUUGAGACUGAUGGGUCAGUUAUCAAUUUGCCUGUGCAGGAGACUAGACAACAAGAAGAAUCAGUUCCACUAAGGGAAAGAAUAUACAAGAGUCAGGACAGUGGGGAACCUUGAUUAUGCUCUUGGGGUACAGUGAGACAUCAAGGUCAAGUCAUACUCUCUGCCUGUCCUUGGGACAAAGCUCAUCCUCAGCAAUGGUGACCAUCUCCUGCUUGCACCUCCUCCUACCUUUGCAGCCAGAAGCAUUCCAGAUGGCAAGUGCUAUCUAAGGCAGGCCAAAAGUUUCACCAGCAACAUCCAGUUCUGAUGUCCUAUCCCGGAACAGAGGAUGGUAGGCUAGGCAACAGUGCCCAGGUUCUGAGAGGUUGGAUGAUCCAUGAGUAUGCACCUGAAAUGAACAGUCUGCUUUCCAAGGACCAGUAUGAAGAAGGUGGCUGGCCACCUUGUGGGUUACAUAAUAUUUAUUUUGUAUGUAUUUAUUUAUUAUAAUUGUUAAGUUGUGUCUGACUCAUGGUCACCCCAUUUGGGGUUUUCUUGGCAAAGAUACUAGAAGAAGGAGUAAAAUCCACAAUAAGUAAUUGUAGCUCAGAAUAUGAAUGGGACAAAUUUACACAUAAAAUAGAAAUGAAUAGCAGAUUAAAAUUGAAUUUAACAAUAUGUUGCUUUUAGGAAACAUAAAAAUGAGAGAUACACAUAAAGGGAACCUAUCAGAUUGGCUAAUAUGACAGAAAAGGAAAAUGAUGAAUGUUGAAGAAGAUGUGGGAAAAUUGAAACACUGAUGCAUUGUAAGUGGAAUUGUGAACUAAUCCAACUAUUCUGGAGAGCAAUUUGGAACUAUAACCAAAGAACUAUAUCCUAUACCUAUAUCUGUGCAUGCCCUUUGAUCCAGCAAUAGCAAUACUAGGUCUGCAUUCCAAAGAGAUAAUAAAAAAAGGGAAGAGGACCCUUGUGUGCAAAAAUAUUCAUAGCAGCUCUUUUUGUGGUAGUUAAGAUUUAGAAAUUGAACUGAUGCCCAUCAAUAGGAAUGUAACGGAAUGCUAUUUUGCUAUAAGACAUGAUGAGCAGGUGGAUUUCAGAAAAACCUGGAAAGACUUACAUGAACUGAUGCAAAAUAAAG